AUGGCGGAUGUGUUGAGUGUUCUUCGUCAGUAUAACAUCCAGAAAAAAGAAAUCGUCGCUAAAGGAGAUGAAGUUAUAUUUGGGGAGUUCUCCUGGCCGAAAAAUGUGAAGACCAACUACAUAAUCUGGGGAACUGGCAAAGAGGGCCAGCCCAAAGAGUACUAUACUUUGGACUCUAUCUUGUUUUUGCUCAACAAUGUGCAUCUCCCGCAUCCGUCCUAUGUCCGAAGAGCUGCAACAGAGAACAUCCCUGUUGUCAGACGACCUGAUCGAAAGGGCUUGCUGUCAUAUCUCAAUGGCGAGAGUUCUACGUCGACCAGUAUUGACAGAAGUGCGCCUAUAGAAAUAGGUUUGCAAAGGCCAACGCAAGUCAAAAGAGCAGCCGAUGAGGUAUCCUCUGAAGCCAAAAAACCAAGGAUUGAGGAUGAGGAACGAGUGCGUCUUGACAAGGAGCGUCUGCUUGCCCGUCUGGAGGGCCACAAAGAGGGCAUUGUGCAGACUGACCAGAUCAGAUCCCUGUCUGAGGCCAUGUCAGUGGAGAAAAUUGCAGCCAUCAAAGCCAAGAUUAUGGCCAAGAAACGUUCCACCAUCAAAACAGAUCUGGAUGAUGACAUCACCCUGAAGCAGAGAAGCUUUGUGGACGCUGAAGUAGAUGUCACCAGAGACAUCGUCAGCAGAGAGAGGGUCUGGAGGACCAGGACAACCAUUCUCCAGAGCACUGGGAAGAACUUCUCCAAGAACAUCUUUGCCAUUCUCCAGUCAGUGAAAGCCAGAGAAGAGGGACGAGCACCAGAGCAAAGACCAGCACAGAACACUACUCAAGUGGACCCGUCCCUAAGGAACAAGCAGCCUGUCCCCGCUGCCUACAACAGAUACGAUCAGGAGCGAUUCAAAGGAAAAGAGGAAACGGAGGGUUUCAAGAUCGACACCAUGGGAACCUAUCACGGCAUGACUCUGAAGUCAGUGACGGAAGGGGCAUCUGCUCGCAAGGCCCAGACCCCAGCACUGCAGCCUGUCCCACGUCCAGUUUCACAAGCCAGACCUCCACCAAAUCAGAAGAAAGGGUCUCGGACACCCAUCGUCAUCAUCCCAGCUGCCACCACCUCACUCAUCACAAUGCUCAAUGCUAAGGAUCUCCUGCAGGAUCUAAAGUUUCUCACAUCAGAAGAGAAGAAGAAGCUGGGCCUCCAGCGCGACAAUGAGGUUCUGCUCCAGAGGCGCAAAGAUCAGAUCCAACCCGGCGGCGCGUCGCUCACGGUCACCGUACCGUACCGUAUCAUCGAUCAGCCGCUCAAACUGGCUCCACAGGACUGGGAUCGGGUGGUGGCCGUGUUCGUGCAGGGUCCUGCCUGGCAGUUCAAGGGCUGGCCGUGGCUGCUGCCUGAUGGAUCCCCUGUCGACAUUUUCGCCAAAAUUCGAGCCUUUCAUUUGAAGUACGAUGAGGCAAAGAUAGACCCCAACGUGCAGAAGUGGGAUGUGACCGUCCUGGAGCUGAGUCGCCACAGGCGCCAUCUGGACCGGCCCGUCUUCCUGCGCUUCUGGGAAACCCUCGACAGAUACAUGGUGAAACACAAAUCUCACCUCAGGUUUUGAGCCCAGAUAACAGCGUCCACCUCAGAUAAAAUCCCACAGAUGAAUUCUUUGACCUUCCAUCUCUCAACGGUCCGCCUCGUGCAGAGGUAACCCCUCCUUGCCAUCCCAUCUUCCUACCAUGACAUCCCCCCACCCCCGGUAACGGGAGGAGAAGAAGGGCGAAGUAUCCAGUGGACUCCUCCCUGCAACACCUCUUCGAGGACUCCUAAUGCAAUACGCUGGAUAUGUUGCUCUGGACACUGGAGAGGAGAUUUAGGUGAUUUUUGUGUUUUUGUUAUUGUUUUCUAAUGUUUUCAUGUAGUCAAAAUUAAAAUACCAAAAUAUGUUUUAUAUUAAAAGGCAACAUACCAUGGAAACAACUUCAAUGAAAUAUUAACGCAACGGAGGAAGAAGAGGUUUGCAUUUUUGUCCUUGGCAAAGAGCGAUAUUGUGAAUUCAGCUCGAACUGUUAAGAUUGAGAGAAACAUGAAACCAACUCUCGGUACAAACAAAAUGGCCACCGAGUUUGAGGGAAAGACAUUCUCAUCACUUUUUUUGUUUUUUAUUUCGGGUGUUUGUGGUCUUAAUGUACAUAUAUGAUUAAAAAAAACUGUCACACAGCUACCUGUGACACAGGUAAGUGAUUUGUUAAUACUUUAGACAAAAACGACUGCUCUGACUCAAUAAAGUGCUCAGUCAAGCAGUCAGUUCCUAGUUCAGUUUUUUUGUUAAGCACAUCUCUCGGUCAUGCAAUGACUUUGUUUUCUUCUUUGUUGGUGUUGUGGUAGAGAGAGAGAAACGAAAGAAACUAUUGCUUUAAUUCAUUACAUGAAAAUAGACAAUAAAGCCUCAGAGAAACAAAUGUCUGUGUGCUGUCUAUUGUAGAUGCUAAUCUUCACUUUAUUACUAUUUUUUGUUUCAUUUCAUGUUGACAGCAGCAGGAGGAGGAUUGAGAGGAAAAACUGUAAUAAAGAGAGAUAAUUGA